GCUCGCUGGAGAGGGUACAAGCAGCGCAGAACUUACCUGGAGAGGCUGCGCUACCUGCAAGCCAACGCAGAUGCUGCGAUAAAGAUCCAGGCGGCUGUGAGGAUGUGGCAGGCUCGGAGAAAGUACCAGGAGAGGCUGCGCUACUUCAGGCAGAACAUUAAAGCUGUAAUUAAAAUCCAGGCUUUUGUGCGAGCUAACAAGGCCCGUGGGGAUUACAGGAUGCUGGUCCACGCCAGGAGCCCGCCGCUGAGCAUCGUCCGGCGCUUCAUCCACCUGCUGGAGCAGAGCCAGCACGACUUCUGGGAGGAGUCGGAGGUGCUGCGGCUGCAGGAGGAGGUGGUGAAGAGGAUCCGCGCCAGCCGGCAGCUGGAGAGCGACCUGGACCUCAUGGACAUCAAGAUUGGGCUGCUGGUCAAGAACAGGAUCACGCUGCAGGAGGUGGUCUCCCACUGCAAGAAGCUGACCAAGAAGAACAAGGAGCAGCUCUCGGAGAUGAUGUCCAUAGACAAGCAGAAGGGGCUCAAGUCGCUCAGCAAGGAGAAGCGGCAGAAGCUGGAGGCCUACCAGCAUCUCUUCUACCUGCUGCAGACGCAGCCUGUGUACUUGGCCAGGCUGAUCUUCCAGAUGCCUCAGAACAAGUCCACCAAGUUCAUGGAGUCGGUGAUCUUUACACUUUACAACUACGCAUCCAACCCACGGGAGGCUUACCUGCUGCUCCAGCUCUUCAAAGCAGCACUGCAGGAGGAGAUCAGGUCCAAGGUGGACCACGUCCAUGAUAUCCUGAUGGGGAACGCCACGGUCAUCCGGCUGGUGGUGAGCUUCUACCGCAACGCGCGCGGGCAGAACGCCCUGCGACAGAUCCUGGGUGGCCCGGUGCAGGAGGUCCUGCAGGACAAGACCCUCACUAUCCGCACCAACCCUGUGGACAUCUACAAGGCGUGGAUCAACCAGACCGAGUCGCAGAGUGGGCAGAAAAGCAAGCUCCCGUACGAGGUCAGCCCUGAGCAGGCUCUCAGCCACCCCGAGGUCCAAAGGCGGCUGGAUAUUUCUAUCCGCAACCUCCUCGCGAUGACGGACAAGUUUGUCUCUGCCAUCACCUCUUCUGUAGACAAGAUCCCCUAUGGGAUGCGCUACGUGGCCAAAAUCCUGAGGAUGUCCUUGGCUGAGAAAUUCCCCAAGGCCUCGGAGGAGGAGAUCGACAAGAUCGUGGGGAACCUGCUCUACUACCGCUUCAUGAACCCGGCAGUGGUGGCCCCCGACGGCUUCGACAUUGUGGACAUCUCGGCCGGGGGGACGCUGCAUCCCGACCACCGCCGCAGCUUGGGCUCCAUUGCCAAAGUGCUGCAGCACGCGGCCGCCCGCAAGGCCUUUGAUGGGGAGAACGCGCAUCUCUGUGGGGUGAACCAGUACCUGGAGGACACCCACAACAAGUUCAGGAGGUUCAUCUCUGCUGCCUGCUGCGUCCCUGAGCCAGAAGAGAGGUUUAACGUGGACGAGUACUCGGAGAUGGUGGCGGUGGCCAAGCCGGUCAUCUACAUCACAGUGGGGGAGCUCAUCAACACGCACAAGCUCCUGCUCGAGCACCAGGACUCCAUCGCGCCGCACCAUGGAGACCCCCUGCAUGAGCUUCUGGAAGAUCUUGAUGAGAUUCCUACAGUCCAGUCGCUUGUCGGGGAGAGCGUUCCCAGCCCAGCGGACGGCAGUGCCGAGCAGGUGCUCUCCCAGCUCAGCAAAAUGGAGAUCUCCCUCACCCUCACCGGCAAGCUGGUGCCAGCGGCCAACAGUGAGGAGAGUGACACGAGGAGCUUGCUGCUGAGCACCAAGCAGAUGCUGGUGGAUGUGAUCCAGUCCCAGCCAGGAGAUUCCCUCCCGGAGAUCCUGUGGACACCGGCCUCGGAGCAUGAGGAAGCCUCCCACGACCAUCUCGUGCGCAGGCGAGCGCUGCGGGAUGCCCAGACCCCUGCCAAGCUGAAACGCAACCGCUCCCUGGCUGCUAACAGCCAGCUCUCCAUGGAGGAGAAGAAGCGCAAGAUCAUCCGCAACCUGCGGCGCUUGGAGAGCCUGGGGCUGGUGGACUCUGCCCAUCAGUACCAGGAGCUUGUCGGCGAGCUGGCCAAGGACAUCCGCAACCAGAGGCGUUACCGGCAGCACCGCAAAGGGGAGCUCCUGAAGCUGAGACAGACCCUGCAGGGCCUCAACGCCAAGACCUUGUUUUACGAGGAGCAAAUCGAUUACUACAACCAGUACAUCAAGACCUGCCUCGACAACCUGGCAGCCAGUAACAAGGUCAGCGGGAAGAACAAGAAGCUGCAGUCGCUGCACUACACGGCGGCCCGGCUGUUCGAGAAGGGGGUGCUGCUGGAG